AAAAAAGGCCAGCAGGAUGAGAAGGCCUGCCACCUUCAAAGAGGUCACUGAUUCACUGUUACUAGGGCAUUUGCUUUGCUGGACAAACACACCAUCCUUUGAUCAGUGGUAUAGACUUAGAUGACAGUUGGCCAAAGUAAUGAGUGCAAUUUACUUAGGGACAAAGCAAAGGUGGUUGACUUGUAUGGUAUUUGAACUUACUGGCUUUCUGAUGAAAGGAUUUAUCCAGAAGCUCUUUUUUUCAGUGAUUUGAAGUUAACAUUAUUGAACACAAAUGGAUUUCAGAUAUUUCUUUAUCUUACUGUGUAGCUGGUGCGGAGGCACAGUUGGUGCUAUUUUCACUUGUCCACUAGAAGUCAUUAAGACACGGUUACAGUCUUCAAGAUUAGCCCUCCGGACAGUCUACUAUCCUCAGGUUCAUCUGGGGACCAUUAGUGGAGCUGGAAUGGUGAGACCAACAUCCGUGACACCUGGACUCUUUCAGGUUCUGAAGUCGAUCUUGGAGAAAGAGGGACCAAAGUCCCUUUUUAGAGGCUUGGGUCCAAAUUUGGUUGGAGUUGCACCAUCAAGGGCUGUAUACUUUGCAUGUUACUCCAAAGCCAAAGAGCAAUUUAAUGGCAUUUUCGUGCCUAACAGCAAUAUUGUGCAUAUUUUCUCAGCUGGCUCUGCAGCUUUUAUCACAAAUUCCUUAAUGAAUCCUAUAUGGAUGGUUAAAACCCGAAUGCAGCUAGAACGAAAAGUGAGGGGCUCUAAGCAGAUGAAUACACUCCAGUGUGCUCGCUACGUUUACCGGACCGAAGGCAUUCGUGGCUUCUAUAGAGGAUUAACUGCCUCGUAUGCUGGAAUUUCCGAAACGAUAAUCUGCUUUGCUAUUUAUGAAAGUUUAAAGAAGUAUCUGAAAGAAGCUCCAUUAGCCUCUUCUACAAAUGGGACUGAGAAAAAUUCCACAGGUUUUUUUGGACUUAUGGCAGCUGCUGCUCUUUCUAAGGGCUGUGCCUCCUGCAUUGCUUAUCCACACGAAGUCAUAAGGACGAGGCUCCGGGAGGAGGGCACCAAGUACAAGUCCUUUGUCCAGACGGCGCGCCUGGUGUUCCGGGAAGAAGGCUACCUCGCCUUUUAUAGAGGACUCUUUGCCCAGCUCAUCCGGCAGAUCCCAAAUACUGCCAUUGUGUUGUCUACUUACGAGUUAAUUGUGUACCUGUUAGAAGACCGUACUCAGUAACAGGCCAGAAAAUUGUGCUCUAGAAGAAUAAAACUGAAAAACUCUAGAGAAUUUUUUUUCCCCAUUGAUGUUUAGAAUGAUUGAGACUGAAACAGGAAAGGCCAUAAAAUAUCUGGCUCAUGUCACCUGUUGGACAUUUCCUUUUGGAUUCAUGCUUUCUGGAAGGUUUAAAUUCAUUAACGUUAACAGUUAAUUAUAACUUUUUUUUUUUAACUUAAGAGGAUUCAGGGUUAAGCAGCAACUAAAUUAAAUCAUGCUAUUUAAUUUAAGUAU